UGUGUGCUAGGUUAUAUAGAUAAAUAAUUGGUAGUGAUGAGAUGGAGGGGGCCUGAGAAGGAAAUGGAAGGGCUAAGAAAAAAAGCAAAAAAACAUUCUAAAAGAUUAUAAAGUAUUAUGCCUGAUAUGAUCAUGUAUGUCAAAAUGUUAAAAUUAAAUAUAUUAUGUAGAUAAGCAUUUAGGCUUUUUCCAUCUUUUUCCUAUUGUGAACAGUGCUGCAAUGGACAUUGGUUUGGUGUACACAUCUGUUCAUGUCCCUGCCCUCAGCGCUCUUGGGUAUAUGCCUAGGAGUGGGAGUGCUGGGUCAUGUAGUGUUUUAAUUCCCUUACAUCCGUGUUAACAUUUUUUAUUUUCUUUUUUUUUUUAAUAUAUAUAUUUUUCAUUUUAGCCCUCUUGCUGGGAGUGAAGUGGUAUCUUGUGGUUUUGAUUUCCAUUACUGUCAUGGCUAAAGAUGUUGAACAAUUUUUCAUGUGUUUUUUGGCCAUUUGAAUAUCCUUUUUGGUGAAAUGUCUGUAGGAGGAUGUGUGUGUACAUGUAAUAUAUUUUUGAGACACAUUUCAAAUAAGUCAAUAUCUGUGUGUUGUGAAUUGUACCUAAAAGGUAAGCAAUCACUAAAAGAAAGAGGAGAGUAGAGGAAAGGUUUCUACCUUUUCGUUCUGGGGGAAAUUGCAAUCCCUGAGGUGAAAUUUUGAGCAGAAUAUUGAGACUCUGAAGGUACCAGGGUAAAACCAUCUCCAUUUGUAUAUAAACAAUUUCAUAAUUUUCUUUCCUAAAGGAUUUGAAUUAUGGGAGGUCUCUUAGGGGAUCCUCUACAUCAAGCCCCUGAGACCUUGAAGCUCUGAAUAAAAUAAUCUACAUGAUGCUACCUGUAAUUACGUUGAAAACCAAGAGUGCUGUUCGGUUUCUUUCUUUUUUCUUUUUUGUAAUUUAGUGAUUACCUCUGGGCAUAAUCAUAAUUAAAAAUCAUGGUGUUUAUCUGACUGACUCUCAGAGCAAGAAAAGACUGAGAUUUGUAAAUGCACUGAGCUUCUUCAAACAAAAAGUGGGGUUUUAGUUCAGGAGUAUUCUCUUCUCUAUCAGCAGAGCUAUUUCUCUUUAGAGAACAACAGCAGAAAAGAAACCACAAGUACAGUUUUGAUUCCUCUAGGUAGAAGGAGGGUAAGCAGUGAAUCUCUUUUUGUUAUACCCCUUUUCAAAACCAACCCAAACCAAACCACUGCUGUCGAGUUGAUUCCGACUCAUAUCCAAGACAAUGGAAAAUAAUGGACCUCUCUGCUUUGCCCUGCUCUGAUCCUGAGGUGCAGAAAAUUUCAAUGGGGUAUAUUAAGGGUUAGUGUGGGAAGAAAGUAGAAGUAAGAAGUAGUGCUGAGAUUAUAGGGUUUGCAAUGCCUCCAAUCCCACUUCCCCUUAGAGCAUUUCCUAUGAAAGAGAUUCAGGAUCCACUCCUGGCUUAAUGACUCUCUUGCUGCGUACCUUUGGUAAGUCAAAGGGCCUCUCUUAGUCUCCUAACUCUACCAUCACCAACACCAGUUGCCAUCCCGUCGAUUAUGACUCAUGGUGACCAUACGUGUGCAGAGUAGAACAGUAGUCCAUAAGGUUUUCAAGACUGUGAACUUUUGGAAGCAGAUCACCAGGCCUUUCUUCAGAGGCACCUCAGAGCUCAUUCAAACCACCAAACUUUCAGUUGGUAGUGUUUGUGCUAUGGUGGGACUUCUAACUCUAACUUUCCCUAAAUCUGUGAUGGCUGUAGAGUGCUCCUGGUCAACUUCUGCAGUGUCUAGUGUGGACUGGUUGUCAGGACAGGGUAGCUGAAGUUUGGUGAGUAAGAGUAUUGUUGUUGUGUGCUAUUGAGUCUAUUCCAAUUCAUGGUGACUUCUAUAAAACAGAGUAGAACUUCCCCAUAAGGGUUCCUAGGCUAUAAUCUUUAUGGUCUUUUCUCCUAGAGAGUGGCUGGUGGGUUCAAACAUCUGACCUUUCAGUUAGCGGCCAAACACUUAUACACGUGCACCAGGGAUCCUGAGUAAAGAGUGACAAAUAUAAAUUGGGGCUAGGGAGGGAAUAGAAGGCAUUAGUGACAAACUGAGGCAGAGAAAAGAUGAGACCUCACUGAACUUGUUCGCCUCUUGACUCACUUCUCCCAGUAUUUCCUAUCACUGUGCUUAAGCAGCCAUGUGCCUGUCCUUCUUGUCUUUGGAAGCCUGGGCCAGCUCUUUGUCAUGGUUAAACCAGAGAAGAGCCUGGAUUUCUCAGUUCCAGGAAGGGGCUGGAUUUGGAAUUGUAUGGGAAAUCUGGGUUCUACCCCAAAUAUGACUCUACUCUCCUGUUUUCACAGAUCCCACUGGAAGAGAACGGAUAUUGGAAACAGUUCCUUAGUGACUGAGUUUUUACUUGUAGGUUUAACAGAAUAUCCAAAGAUCCAAUUCCCCCUCUUCUUCCUCUUCCUAGGAAUCUACAUUGUCACUGUGGCAGGUAACCUGGGAUUUAUCACUCUAAUUGGCCUGAAUGUUCAACUUCAUACCCCUAUGUAUUAUUUCCUCCUUAAUUUAUCCUCUACUGAUUUCUGUUACUCUUCUGUCAUCACCCCAAAACUGCUGGUAAACUUUGUGUCGAAGAUGAACCUCAUUUCCUAAGCAGGAUGCAUGACUCAGCUCUUUUUCUACUGCUGCUUUUUGAGUGCAGAGUGCUAUGUGUUGACAGUGAUGGCCUAUCAUCACUAUGUGGCCAUCUGCAAGCCUCUGCUGUACACGGUCACCAUGUCCCCUCAAACCUGUUCUCUACUGGCUGUGAUUGUGUAUGUGGGGGCAUUUGUUGGUGCCUGGGCUCACACGGGUUGCAUGCUGAGGCUGACCUUCUGUGAUGCCAACACAAUCAACCACUACAUGUGUGACAUCCUCCCCCUCCUGGAGCUCUCUUGCACCAGCACUCUUAGCAAUGAACUGGUGGUUUUCGCCCUUGUGGGUUUUAAUAUUGGUGUGCCCAGCCUCACCAUCACUGUCUCUUACGCUUACAUCCUCUCCAGCAUCCCCCAUAUUCACUCCAGGGAAGGAAGUUCCAAAGCUUUCAGCACUUGUAGCUCACAUACAAUUGUUGUUUCUGUUUUCUUUGGAUCAGGUGCAUUCAUGUACCUCCAUCCUUCUUCUGUUUUGUCCAUGGACCAGUGUAAAGUGUCCUCCAUAUUCUAUACCGUUGUGGUGUUCAUGCUCGAUCCGCUGAUAUACAACUUCAGGAACAAGGAGAUUAAAAUUGCCCUGAAGAAAAGUUUCAGUAGAAAAACAUUUUCCUGAGCUGGAGCAGUAUUAAUUAGUGUAAGAGAAUACAGGGUUUUCUUUAGGUUGUUUCCCC